AUGGUUUUCCCAGUCUGUGGAGCUAGAAGGGUUUUGUUGCCUCCAAAAAUACCUCCAGAUUAUUAUGCUAGACUUCAGGAAGUUGUACAAUGUUCGAAACAGGAGGCUCAAUCAAUAUAUAACAGGUAUCGUAUGUUGACUCCUAUAGGUCAUUUGGAUCUUUUAAAGUUUGAAGAAUGUCUAGGUUUGCUGGGUACCUUGGGUAGGCUUCUGACAGAGCGCAUGUUUUUGGCUUUUGAUUUAAAUGGUGAUGGAGGUCUUGAUUUUGUUGAAUUUGCUGGUGGUCUACUAAUUAUGCUUGAUGGAUCAGAAGACAAAAAACUACAGUUGAGCUUUAGGAUUUUACAUAAUACUAGCAAAUCUCACGAAGAGUCGAAUUCUCACGACAAGAAUACAUCUAUGGGAUUCAAAGAAUUUUUGGACUUAGUUAAUGAUAUAGCACUGACACGAGCCUUGCUUGUUUCUAAAGAACCUGUAUAUCGUUCAGAAGCAGAUGUUGAAAAGAUUUUUGAGAGUCACGCAAGCCUGUGCGAUGAUGGUGUAAAACGAAUAUCCCAGGGUGACUAUAUAAAUGCAGUUUGUACAUCGAGUGAUUUUUUAGAAUUAUUAGGGAUUUCUGUUUCGAGAUGUGCAAUCGAAACCUCCAGUGGAUAUAUGUUUAGAGGUUUGGAUGUAAGCAAGAGUGGAAACUAUAUCAAUAGAUCAAAUGUAAAACGUAGCUUGGCAAGAAAUAGCGGAAAACAUAACAUUUAUAAAUGGAUUACAAAUAAUUCAUUGCAAGAGAAUAAAAGAGGAUUUUCUGUGCAUUUUGGGCAUGAAAGUUGGAAUGAUGUUAUAGAUAUGAUGAUAGGAUUAAGUAUAUCUGCACGACAUGUAUACAAUGAACCUGAAGUGACUUUAACAGAUGAAGAUUUUGAUACAAAAUUGACAUUUACGAUUUUACAUGAUCCUAAACUCAAUUAUUUAUCGGUUCGUCAUAUUUAUAACAAGAAUGGAUUAUAUUCUUCCAGAUUCGCAAGAGCAAAUUUUAAUGAGAACACACCAAUGAAUAGCGGAUUUACUAGCAUGAGUACAUUAUCUUAUUCAAAAAUUAUCUUCAAGGAAUAUGCACCUUUGGUGUUUAAAGAAAUUCGCAGUAUAUCAGGUCUAUCUGCAAGCGACUAUAUGGACUCAAUUAGCCCUGAACAAAUUGUCGGUAAUAUGGUUCUUGGUAAUCUUUCCACAAUGUCUGAACUAGUUUCAGAGGGGAAGUCUGGUUCUUUAUUUUACUAUACAAUCGAUGGUAAACUUAUCAUAAAGACCAUAACUAAAAGAUGUGCUCGUUUUGUGAAACAGUGGCUUAGAAAUUAUUAUAAUCAUUUAAAUGAACACAGGGAUUCACUAUUAACACGUUUUUAUGGGUUGUUUUCCAUUCAAACACGAGGGUACCCUUACAGGGUCUAUUUUGUGGUUAUGAACAAUAUAUUCUAUUCCAAGGUUGCUAUACAUCGCAGGUAUGAUUUAAAAGGCUCGUGGGUUGGGCGAUCUCUAGCAGACCAUGAAUCCAGUGACCAUACAGUAGCUCUGAAGGAUUGUGAUUUUGGAAGAUUUGGGGAUGUUGUGUAUCUUGGUGCUAAUGCUGAACAAAUCCUCACUAUUUUACGAAAUGAUGUUGAGUUUUUGCGUCUGUCUAGUAUUUUAGACUAUUCCUUGCUACUUGGCAUACAUUAUAGAAACAAAAGUGUAGAUUAUUUUGACUGGGAAAGUGAAAAUCAUAAUUCUUUUCACUGUGUUAUGGGAUCAAAACGUGAACAUUUGUAUUAUAUCGGGAUUAUUGAUCUUUUGACUUGUUGGAAUAUCGGAAAACGUGCGGAGCACUUUUGGAGAAUAUUACAAACUAGGGAUCAUUAUGGCGUCUCUUGUGUACAUCCAAAUUUUUAUGCUAAACGAUUUAUGGAUUUCGUGGAGAAGCAUGUGCGCUCUGAUUAA